AUGGAACCAGGGAAUGAUACACGAAUUUCACAUUUUCUUCUUCUGGGAUUUUCAGAGAAACCAGAAUUGCAGCCCAUGUUCUUUGUUCUGUUCUUGUUCAUGUACCUGAUCGCUGUGCUUGGAAACCUGCUCAUCAUCCUGGCCAUCAUCUCAGACACCCACCUCCACACACCCAUGUACUUCUUCCUUGCCAACCUGUCCUUUGUAGACAUCUGUUUCACCUCCACCACUGUCCCAAAGAUGCUGGUGAAUAUCCAGAUGCAGAGCAAAGUCAUCACCUAUGAAGGCUGCAUCACUCAGAUAUACUUUUAUAUACUUUUUGGAGCGUUGGACGAUUUCCUCCUGACUGUGAUGGCCUAUGACCGCUUUGUGGCCAUCUGUCACCCCCUUCACUACAUGGUCAUCAUGAAACCCUGGCUGUGUGGACUCCUCGUUCUGAUGUCUUGGAUCAUCAGUGUCCUGCAUUCCUUGUUAGAAAGCUUACUGGUGUUGCGACUGUCCUUUUGUACAGAUGUGGAAAUCCCUCAGUUUUUCUGUGAACUUAAUCAG